GUGAUAAAAUAUAUAAACAUUAAACUUUAAUGCUAUGAUAUAUUCAUCUAGAGAUUGCCUGCCUAUGUCACGGACCACCUUGCCGUUAUCUUCCAUAUCACUUGAUGACACUUGUGUGAAGCUGCAAAAUUUCCAUAAGCCUUCUUUCUCAUAUCUCAAGACACAGCUCCCUUAAAUUCCAGUACUCUCUCUCCUCGGCCCACAGACCUCCUUCUAUAUGUCCACGCUAUAUGGAAAAAAAUUGUUGUGGCGUGAGACAUGAGUUUCUUGGAGAUCACCGUCUUGUCCGUUGAAAGUCUCCACCGUCACUCCUCCCCUUGCACCGCCCUAUUCUCCGCCUCCGUCACACCUUCCGUCAGGCUCACGAAGAUGGCUCCUCCAACCAACGGCAAUAAGCCCUCCCACGUGUACACCUCUGACGUAAAUCACAAGUUCCGUGUAUCAGUAGAUUCCACCUUCUUCUCCGACAGAUACUCCUCUCUACACCUUCAGCUCUACGCGAAGAGAAGACUACUUGGCCGGACUCAACUCGGCUGGUGUCUGAUUCCGGUCACAGACAUUGGAUUCCUCCCCUCCGGUUCUGUCCGGUACCUGAGCUACCGUCUCCGAGACAAAGACGGUUGCAGGGGCCACGGCAUCGUCAAUUUAUCUAUCCGAUUGGAGGGGGUAGCUCCGCCAUCGGUAUCUGCGGUGAACGCCUGCCAGACGGUGAUUGGAAUGCCGGUGACAGCGAUUCGACGGACGGAUGAUUCGCUGGUUAUGAAAGGAAGAGUGGGAGAAGAGAAUCGAACGGCGGGAAGGAAAAGAUGGUGAAUUGAUGAUGCGGUGGGCCCACACAGAAAUAAGACCUUCUGAGUUUUAACUGAUUUGGAAAUGUGGAAAUCGAGAAAAUUGAAAGGGAUGAGUGGAAAGUGAAUGGACGAUUAUUGGACAUGCACGACAACUACAUGGACAUACAUGGAAUUAAAAAGAAAGAUGCCACUUUUAUUGAUGUUAAUAUGUUAUAGUUAUCCCCAUUGUCUGUUGUUUUUUCCGCAAAGAAAAAUCCAUUUCUUUCUUUUGUAAUUUGUGGGUGGGUUUAUGUUUCUGUA